GCCAGAUACUAUCAUCACGUGAUCGUUGCCCCCGCGGAAGUUUGACACUGCAUUCGGUCAUCGUCCUCUUUGCGAAGCCAGCAAUCGUCUCUAUCCUCAGCCAUGGGUUCUAUUGUGCUGCCUCACUUGCGCACUGCCUGGCACGUCGACCAGGCUAUCCUCAGUGAGGAUGAGCGCUUGGUUGUCAUCCGCUUCGGCCGCGAUCACGACCCAGACUGCAUGAAGCAGGAUGAAGUUCUAUACAAGAUCUCCGACAGGGUCAAGAACUUCGCCGUGAUCUACCUAUGCGAUAUCGACGAGGUACCCGAAUUCAACACAAUGUACGAGCUUUACGACCCGAUGACUAUCAUGUUCUUCUUCAGAAAUAAACACAUGAUGUGCGAUUUCGGAACAGGUAAUAACAACAAAUUGAACUGGGUGCUCGAUGAUAAGCAGGAGUUGAUCGAUAUUAUCGAAACGAUCUACAAGGGUGCGAAGAAGGGUAGGGGUCUGGUGGUCAGUCCAAAGGAUUACUCUACCAGAUACCGAUACUAGAAUCUUGAUUUUAUCGUACUGUUUCCCUUACACGGUCCGAUCAUGGAGCUU